AUGGUACUAUUCCCCCAAUCAGGCUCCUUCUCUGGUCAGUGUGCUCGAAGCAUACCGUCAUCGGUUCUCAAGCUCUCAUGGCAGCUGCGAAGGCGGCAAAAGCAUCUACCGCAACCUCCUCCGGCGUCGCUGCCACUAAGCCCUCAAGCACCGAACCGUACCAGUGGUAUCUUCAAGGUCACUCCCGUGUCCCCUACCAUGUGCCAGUUCCUCGGCGUUUCUGAGGCCUCUCGUACCGAUGCCGUCAAGAAAAUCUGGGACUACAUCAAACUCAACAGCCUUCAGAACCCAGCAAAUAAAAGAGAGAUCCGAUGUGAUGAAAAGCUGAAGACAAUAUUUGAUGGGAAGGAGACAGUUGGAUUCCUGGAGAUUGGGAAAUUGCUGUCGCCCCAUUUUGUGAAGACUAACUGAGAUUGGAAUUGGCUUUCAACGUUGCCA